CUCAAUGAACGAUAAUUUGGGGUGUCAAGGUUAGCGCUGUUUCUACAAAAAAAUAUGCAAAACUUACAAAGAUUUCUGUAGAUUUGAAACUUGACCAUUGCCAAAUAAGGAAUUUUAUGAAGGACCCUGAAAAGAGAAAGGGACGCCGUCAUGACGAUUUCUACUUUUAUUUCUGUCAUAGACUUACAUUCAGGAUGUAAAGAGCUUAUGACGAAAAUGCCAAUUAUCGAAUUAUUCAAGCCAGUUCCCCAUCCAUGUUUGCUAUUCCAUGUAUAUAAGUCUGCCAUAAUUGCGAUUUUCACUAUGCAAAUGAGCACGUGUUCUUCACCGUCACUCUAUCCAAAUUGUCGGAAUCCUCAUCAGAGCAAAGUUUUCAAGUUGCUUAAAUGGGAAUCAUGCCCAUCAAACUCAUCCCAGAAAAUGUGUUCUUAUUUGGAUUCAAGGCGCUCUGUUUCUUAUCUUGGAAAUGAAUCACGUCAGGUUGGUUACGAAAUAAGAAAACAUCUUAAUAAUCACGAGAAGAAAAUUGGAAAUCAAGACUUGUCUGGAUAAGGAUGGUAUCAAAUUUUAAGGUUUUGAUUGCUAUUAUCUUGCUAUAUUUUCUUAUUAAUUCUAACUGUGCACUAACAGAUUUAAAUAAGCACAGUACUUAAAAUUUAGUACCGACUUCUUUUCUGUGUCACACUGUAUAGUCGUGAGCUUUAUUUUUACUCGCUUUCCUUUCAUAUCUCUCGUUAGAUCGGAUCCCAUUUUCUGUGUGCUAUUUCAUACUGUAGGUCAUAGGCCUUUUUGUUAAUUGCUUAGAAUAAGUAGUGUCAAUUUUUGCACGUAUUUUGGAAGAAAACGUAAACGAGACAGAAUCUUUGACUAAUGGGAAAUAUUUGAAAGUGUAUGAGAUUAUUUUCAACGAUUUUAUAAAAUUUGGGAAUUGUCGUUAGUAAGGGUUGCCCCGUAAGAUUGUACACGGUUGUAUAAGUGUAAUUUUUAUAUCAAUUACUAACAUGAGCCUCAGUGAAUUCAGUUUAGAGGAAACUAGGUUGAAUCAAAAUUUUAUGGAUUUUUCAUUAAUCCCUACUGAAAAUCCUAUAAUUCUCAUUGUUACGGUUAUACCUCUACUUCACAGACAAAGCUUUGCUUGUUCCUUGUUCAGAACAAUUAUCAUUUAAGGGAAUACCUAGUUUAUCGUUUGUUGGUUGUUCUGCUGUAAUGAGCUAACCAAACACCACAUCGAUUAAUUAUUUUGUUUGAGAAUAGUCCAGAACGUGUCAUUUUUAACCAAUUAUCUGGUAGAAUUUUCCUUGAAUUUACUACAUAGACUCAUGCGAACAAUUAUCCGGUGGUGACAUUGGUAUAAAUGUAAAUGCACUUUUCUCAAAAACCACAAAUGAUAUUCAAGUGAUUCUUUUUGCAUUUAGUAGAUAAAUUAAGUGGGUAGAUCAUACAGGAAAACCAGUUUCGAAAAAAAUUCUAAAUGGGGCAAAACAAGAUAUUCCCGCGGCGAUUUAAAAACAAAGUGGGAACAAUUAUUUGGUAUUUUUGAUUUUCCAAUGAAAACUUACUUGUCUUGAGUUGAUAAGCACUUUUUUAAUUUUGCAUAGCUAUAAGAUGUAUUUUUCUACAUUUCUUCGUAAUUCCGGAAUUUGACAAAUAGUUAAAACCAAUCCCAGAGAUGCUUCAUUUGACCACUGCAUGUGGGUCAUUAAAUAUUUUGUUGGGGAUCAUACCGGCAGUCGAAAAUUUCGAAACCGCACAAAAUGCGGUUUCGAAUACUCCUUUCACCUAAAUAAGGUGAAAGGAGUAUUUAACCGACGUCUUCUCUUUUCCUUAAUGGUUUUUUCAUCCUGUAGAGUAGAAAAAGCAAUAAUAUUAACAGGAAGGUCAGCCAGUACGGUGGCGCAAAUGGGAUAUUGAGUGGUUAUAAUUAGCAACGAAAAUUAAAUUAAUAAGCGGCUUUGUUGAGAAAUUACUGAAAAAGCAGACUUUUCAAAAAACCUACUAAAGACAUAAGCAGUUUAUUAUUUGUUGGUUGGUUCUGUUGUAAUGGAAUAACUAAACUCCACAUUGAUUAAUGAAUUUGUAUUAAGAAUAAUCCAGAAUUAAUCAUUUUUACAUACAUAAUUCAUCAUUGCUGGAGUUUUCCAUGAGUUUACUAUAUAUUUGCUGCAUUCUUGUUUUUAUGCUCCUCAACUGACCACCGAGAAGUCCGAGGUUUAUCCUUGGGAUUCAUGUUUAUGAAGUAAUCUUUCACGGGUAAUUUCGAAGCAAUUCAGUCGUUUUUGUGUAAUAUUAACUAAUAUGUAUUUAUAGUAUAGUCAAAUUAAAUACAGUAUUAUACAUACAUAUGUAACAAAGAUAUCUUGUAUUGUGUCAGGUUAGAUUUUAAAGUUUAUGUGUAAAAAAUAUUAAAGCUUAAAAUUAGAAUGCCAAAGAGGCAUAAACUGUAUCCGUUUUAAGAGAAAAAUAUACUUCUGUUAGACCGUUCUCGUAUUAUUCAGUCUCGAAUACUCGGGUUUUGAGUUUUCUUCCGAUCUGCUUACAUUUUUUUCAAAUUUUCUGUCAGUAACUACUUCUGUAUUCACAUUUGAAAUAAUAUCUAGACAGUCUAUGUCCAAGGAUUGUACGUCUUGGGCACAGGUAGCGUAACUAAAUUAUAACCAGCAACGUACAUAAUAUAUAUGUGGUGACUAACACUUAACAGGUUUAUGUAGAUUCGGUCAUUAUCCGUAGUACAAUUUUUUCAUUUUGUGUGAUUGCAAAAACGUUUCGGUUGUAUAGCACAAGUGUGUAAGGUGGUAAGAAAUUUUUACCAUUUUUACUGAAAAUCAUUUUUACUAAAAUUGACUGAAAGGAUUAAAUGAAUUAUUAAUAUAAUUCAGGUACUUUAAAUUCUUCCUAUUUAUAUAAUUAAAAGAAAAUUCCUUCUAUUAUUCAACUCUUA